AUGAUGCAGGAACGGCGCCGCGUGGAAGAGCAGUACAUCCAAGGGUUGCGAAAGCUCGCGAACAGACACCCGCCGGACGAGUCGUCUGAUCUGGGCAUCUUCACAACACCAUGGCAGAAGAUAGUCGGCGCAACCGAGGCCGUGGCCCAGUCGCACGAGUACCUUGCGCGCAAGAUCGAAGCCGACGUCGAGCGACCGCUGCGCGACUACUCCCGGGGCAGCCGCGAGAUACAGGCCAUGGGCAACAUCUCCGGCAACCUGGCGGCCACGGCAAAGGAGAUUGACACAGCGCAAAAGAAAACUGCCAAGCUGAGGGACAAGGGCGCAAAGGCCAAGGCGUCUGCUGUUGGCGAUGCCGUGCAGGAAGUCGAGAAGGCCGAGUUGUCGUGGGACUCGUCUGCGCCCUAUGUCUUCGAGCAGUUGCAGGCUAUCGACGAAAGCAGGCUGAACCACCUGCGCGAUGUGCUCACCCAGUUCCAGACACACGAAGUUGACCAGGUGGAGCGCAACCGCAUUACUGCCGAAGAGACACUCAAUGCCUUACUAAACAUUGAAACCGCCGAUGAGAUACAGACGUGGGCAUUGCGCAUGCGGAGCGGCGAGGUGCCGUCGGUCGCGCGGAAGAUCAGCAACACAGGGACCCCGUCCCGAAGUCUUGCACCGCCCCAAACAACACCAACUCAAGGCCAAUCAGACGACAAUAGGAGCCAAAAAAGUGGCUCAGUCGUAGUGAAAGAGAAACCCAGCUCGAACCCUCUGAAGCGCUUCGGGACUGUGCUUGGUCGUCGAAGACAGAGCACGCAUCCAUAUGGCCGUGCGUCGUCGCCCGAGCGAAAGUCCUCAACGAAUAUUGGCUCUGCAUUUGGUGGCUUUGGAAAGGGCAAAUCGAAGGAUCGCGAUGCUCCAGGGUCUUCAGAUCGCCCUAUAUCACCUCUCAGAAGUCUGCCAGAGACGCCCGGAUCGCCCGAGCCACCAAAAUCUUCCAAUCACAGCCGACUGCCCAGUGCAGACAUACCAAACGGAACAGCUACUGAAGUAUCUCACGAGACGAGCGCACCCAUUGCGACUAACGGGACAGUACACGAGUCGAUCCCGGAGCUCAUAGAGCCACUGCAACCUCCUCAGAUCGAAGAACCGAAGCCAGAGCCUGAGAAGGAUGCUGAGGGCUUUUCGGUCCCGCCAUCAGUCAUCGAUGCUAUCACUGAAGCCGAGCGCGAGGCGGGGUUUUCUCAAUCUGAGAGCAGUACAACGCCUCAAUUCAAGCUGGACAUUAGGAAUGCACCAAUCCAGGAAGAAGACGGUGAUGCCGACGCCGCUAUGGCCAACAUGGUCAACACUCUACGUGCCCAAGCCGCACCGCCAAAGCGCUCAUCGACCCUCCGAGGUCGUCGAGAUGUGCGCAACUCAAUCUUUGUUCCCAAUCCUGCUGCUCCAGAGUUGCAGAGUAUAGGCGAGGCGCCUCCACUGCCGUCAGCUGGUUCUGGCUCUGGCUCCACUUCUACAACAUUUCCUACCCCGGCCCUACCUGCGCAACCCGCCUCUCCAGCCUUUAAACCACCCCACAGAUCGCUUCUUACUGACGACCACGCGGCGUCCGACACACAAUCCAUCCGCUCGGGCCGAUCGCUGAGCAGCUCCGCUAGCACUACGAUUAAACAUCCGGACCUGCAUGAGCCUGGUCUGAAUGCGUCAUUGGUUGAAACGGUCAGUGCGUGGUUUGAGCAGGGCAAAGUCACCAAAGCUAUGGUCAUUGGCCAGGUUGCGCUUGCGUACAACCCCAUCGACCUGUCUUCUGGACCAUUUGGCACAGAAAGUGUGCGCUUGGAAAACUUCCCCGUGUUGGAGAAGGUCGCUCCGAAUCCUGCUUUCAUAGAGCAGGCACAUGACAGUCCGGGAAACUAUACCGUAGAUCUGUCCAAGAUCAUGAAGACUUCGGUUGCGUUCCACUACCAGUUGCAUAUUGAGAAUGAGAACGUAGCAGCCCUUGCACCGCUCAUCCUGGCGCCGCUGUGGAAGACAGAAGCAAGUCAGGCAUCGGCUAUUCUGCAUUAUUCUCUCAACCCCAAGUUCAACCUAGGCGGCGCAACAAGUGUCACCAUUCGCAAUUUGGUGCUGGUCGUCCGCCUAGAACCUGGGUCCAAAGCUACGUCCUGCCAGUCGAAGCCCUCUGGGACCUUUUCGCGAGAGAAAGGUCUGAUAUAUUGGCGACUGGGCGACGUUACAUUUUCCAAAGAUGAGCCCACGCAGACGAUCCGCGUGCGUUUCAUCACGGAAGGUGAAGCAAAGCCUGGCAACGUUGAGGCCCGCUGGGAAAUAAGCGGUGACCAGACUUUGACUCUUGGAAGCGGCCUCGGUGUCAGUAUGAGCGCGCCUUUGAACGAGACGAAGCAGGACGGUGAAGCAGAUCCAUUCGCAGACAUUGACGAGAACGCACCGCCAGCCAGUCCAGCGACUGGUUGGAAACCUGUUGCAACUGUCAAGCGGAUCACGAGUGGCACUUAUUUGGGCGUGUAAUAUUUUGAGGACGGGCGGUCAGUUUAGCUGAGUUUUGCGGGUGUAGAAUCGAUGUAGUCGCCUAGAUAGCAUGGGGAUCCUAGCGUUUCAUAUCCUACGUAGCAGAUUUGGGUCUGUGCUUCUUGUAGAUAGCUUAAUUUUGAGUCAGCGUAGA